GUCCUGCUUUGCUAAGGAAGUUUAAGGUUGAGCUGGUGAACCUGACCCUGAAUAAGCCUUUGGAAUUUCCCCACAUACAAACAAGACCAGGAUUUUUUUUUAAAUUGGGCACUAACUUGAUUUCACUUUAGAAUCCCUUAUUUGGUGCGCAAGUCUGGCUGUUCAACAGCGGUUCCAGCUUUACGAGUGAGUUGAAUUCUUCCCUCGGGAAAACUGCUAGUUGGUGGUGGUCAACAGAAGUCUCGAGAUACACGUGGGAGAGGAGAGUUCUUGCUGAGACUUACUGCAAGAGAAAAACCUCAAAGGAGCAUCCUGAAAGCUGAUUUCAGAAUGGAGCUGCGAGGGCAAAGAAGCACUCUGCACACAAACAAAUGCUGUCUCUUGACCAAUCGUUGCAGAAGGAUUCUUCUAGCAAAUACUGCAGCCCCUGCGGUGAGAAUCUGGCUGGUGAGGGGACAGCUUCUUCUCCUGCUGCUGUGCUCUGCUCUGCAGAGACCCACGAUUGCAGUUAAAAUCGACUUCGACUUGGCACCAAAUUCCUUUGAUGAUCAGUACCGGGGCUGCAGCCAACAAGUCAUGGAGAUGCUGCUUCAAGGGGAUUAUUUCACCGAAGAACUAGAUUCCAAUAAGGAUUACCGCAAGGUCUGGAAACAAACACACUUUAACUGGUUGAACCAAGAAAAACCUCUCCCCGGGAACAUGACUACUACACAUGCUGUGGCUGUCUUGGUUUAUUUAUCAGACAACAGAGUUCACUUAGACUUCUCCAGAGCCAUGGCCAUUGCUGCUGGGUCUCCGCAGCAGUAUAGACAUUCAUUCCAUUUCAAAUAUCUACACUAUUUCCUGACUUCAGCAAUCCAGAUGCUGAGGAAAGAGAUUAUCUCGAGGAAAGACCCUCUAUGUUACGAGGUGCACCAUGAGCUGAAGGGCGUUUACUUGCAAGCCCCCGUGGGUGCCAUCGUUCGCUUUGGCCAGUUUCUCUCCACCUCCCCAGCAAGAGAACAGGCACAGAGAUUUGAGAACCAAACUCUAUUUACCAUGUUGACCUGCCUGGGGGCACCACUACAAGACUUGUCUCUCAAGAAGGUCUUGGUCCCUCCCUAUGAGCUGUUUAAAGUUGUCAAUGCGAGCUACCAUCCAAGAGGAAAUUGGUUGCAAUUGCUGUCAAAUGGGACCCAAAGCAUGUACAACUGUCAGCUGCUAAAAGCUUCCAGCAGAAAGUGCAUCCCUACUCCUCUAGUUAUUGCUUCUCUCUCCUUUUUGACCAGUGUCAUCAUCUCUUCCAAAAGUGGAGCAUAAAGGAAGCCUGCGGUUUUGCCUCUCCUGUACCCUUUUGCUUUAUUCCAGUCAGGGCACCCUGAAUACCCAUAGAGAAUCAAUCUGCCGAGCUAUCAGCUGAUGUAGAACUGGCUCCGUCCAUUGCCUAUGGGUAGGCCUGUAAGUAUAUUUCUUCUCCAUGGAUACAAGGAGUCACGUUGGAUAGAAAAUGACUCAUUAGGAUCCUGUGAGAUACAAUCAGUGUACUUUAUUGGAAUUAGGGCUGGAAGUGAGGUUGGGGCCUUUUUUAUUUCAGCGGAGAUUAGUGAAAGCAGAAUAUGAAGCUAGAGCCCCUAGCAGCUCUCUUGCCACCAAAAAGAGAGACUCUACCUCCCUAGCUAACACAAUGAAAGAGGAGUGGUGAAAUGAAAAGAAAGUGCAUCCUGAUGACAAGCUAUGUGCACCUAGAUCCAACUGUCUGAAACUGGAUACCCUGAGCUUUUUCAUCACAUAAAUCAAUAAAUUAUAUUUCUGCCUUAA